CCGCUGCUCUCGAUUUCUCAUCUUCUUCUAUUUGAUUCUUGCGCGCAAUCCAAUCGGCGAGACAAGAUGGCCGGGAAGGGCGAGGGGCCGGCGAUCGGGAUCGACCUCGGCACCACUUACUCGUGCGUCGGUGUGUGGCAGCACGACCGGGUGGAGAUCGUCGCCAACGACCAGGGCAACCGCACCACCCCCUCCUACGUUGCCUUCACCGACAGCGAGCGUCUCAUCGGAGACGCCGCCAAGAAUCAGGUGGCAAUGAACCCCAUCAACACCGUCUUCGAUGCAAAACGUUUGAUUGGAAGGCGGUUCAAUGAUCCCUCUGUUCAAAGUGACAUCAAGCACUGGCCCUUCAAGGUCGUUGCCGGCGCCGCGGACAAGCCCAUGAUUGUCGUCCAGUACAAGGGUGAGGAGAAGCAAUUCGCUGCGGAAGAGAUCUCUUCCAUGGUGUUGAUCAAGAUGCGUGAGAUCGCAGAGGCUUACCUUGGUUCUACCGUCAAGAACGCUGUGGUUACUGUCCCCGCUUACUUCAACGACUCGCAGCGCCAGGCCACCAAGGAUGCCGGCGUCAUCGCGGGCCUUAACGUCAUGCGCAUCAUCAAUGAGCCCACUGCUGCUGCUAUCGCCUACGGCCUCGACAAGAAGGCGAGCAGUGCCGGGGAGAAGAACGUCCUCAUCUUCGACCUUGGCGGCGGCACGUUCGACGUCUCGCUCCUUACCAUCGAAGAGGGGAUCUUUGAGGUGAAAGCUACCGCCGGAGACACCCAUCUCGGAGGAGAAGACUUCGACAAUCGCAUGGUGAACCAUUUCGUCCAAGAAUUCAAGAGGAAACAUAAGAAGGAUAUAAGUGGGAAUCCAAGGGCAUUGAGGAGGCUGAGGACAGCCUGCGAGAGGGCGAAGAGGACUCUGUCUUCCACAGCUCAAACCACGAUUGAGAUCGACUCCCUCUUCGAGGGCGUCGAUUUCUACUCCACCAUCACGCGAGCCCGAUUCGAGGAGCUGAACAUGGAUCUAUUCAGGAAGUGCAUGGAACCCGUGGAAAAGUGUUUGAGGGAUGCGAAGAUGGACAAGAGCACUAUCCAUGACGUGGUCCUCGUCGGUGGAUCCACCCGAAUUCCGAGGGUGCAGCAGCUGCUGCAGGACUUCUUCAACGGCAAGGAGCUGUGCAAGAGCAUCAACCCCGACGAGGCCGUCGCCUACGGCGCUGCAGUCCAAGCUGCCAUCCUGAGUGGCGAGGGCAACGAGAAGGUACAGGACCUGCUCUUGUUGGACGUCACUCCGCUCUCGCUCGGGCUCGAGACGGCGGGAGGAGUCAUGACUGUGCUGAUUCAGAGAAACACAACCAUCCCAACCAAGAAGGAGCAGGUCUUUUCCACCUACUCGGACAACCAGCCCGGAGUCCUUAUCCAGGUCUAUGAGGGGGAGAGGACCAGGACCAGAGACAACAACUUGCUCGGCAAAUUCGAACUCUCCGGCAUCCCCCCUGCUCCCAGGGGCGUGCCUCAGAUCACCGUGUGCUUCGACAUCGACGCCAACGGCAUCCUGAACGUGUCAGCGGAAGACAAGACCACCGGGCAGAAGAACAAGAUCACCAUCACCAACGACAAGGGAAGGCUGAGCAAGGAGGAGAUAGAGAGGAUGGUGCAGGAGGCGGAGAAGUACAAGUCGGAGGAUGAGGAACACAAGAAGAAGGUCGAGGCCAAGAACGCAUUGGAGAAUUACGCAUACAACAUGAGGAACACGGUGAAGGACGACAAGAUCGCGUCGAAGCUGCCGGCCGCCGACAAGAAGAAGAUCGAAGAUGCAGUCGACCAAGCGAUCCAGUGGCUCGAUGCCAACCAGCUGGCCGAAGUCGACGAGUUCGAGGACAAGAUGAAGGAGCUGGAGAACUUGUGCAAUCCCAUCAUUGCGAAGAUGUACCAAGGUGCCGGCGGCGGUAUGGCCGGUGGCAUGGACGAAGAAGAGGGUCCAUCUAAUGGCGGUGGUGGCGCAGGCCCCAAGAUCGAGGAAGUUGAUUGAGUGAGAUUUCUUUUUCGAUCGGUGAUAAAUCCAAUUUAUUCCUUUCUGAUUCUGUCAGUCAUUUUUGUUUUAAGGAAAUUUUUUUAUUAUUUCUUAAAGCCCCAAUAAGAUAUCAAUAUUUGUUGUUCUUA